AUAAAACUAGUACUAGUAUAUUAGAACUAGGAGUAGUGCUCAAUCAACGGCCAAGUCAAAACAAACAAAUCACCAUCAAUAAUCAUAUAAUUAAUAAGCAGAAUCAUCAUUUAUGUAUUUGAUAAUGUUCAAGUGAGGAAGAAGAAGGAGACAAAGACGACCCCAACAUAAUAUCUAUCACCUUCUCUAUAGAUAGUUAGAUCUCAGAAUCUCUCCUUUUUUGUUUGCUUUACCCUUAUUUGGCCAUUCCUGUCUUCCACUUUGUCAUCUUUUCCCUUUCUGAUGGGAUCCGCCGCCGAACUCACGGAGCCCACCACCGGGACCGAGAAGCUUCACCAGCCAAUAGAAGUUGAAGAAGAUGACGAACAAAUUGUUGAUUUGGAGAGGAAAACAUUCCGUCAUGGAAAGGGACACGAUACUAGUGUGGACAGUAGUACAAUCACCAACACCAGCUCGUCGUCGUCUUCUAGCUUUUCCGGUGAUGGUGGAACGGAAGAGACCCCCGAUUUCCACAGCAACGGCGAUGGAGAACAUACCGAUUUAGUAAAUUUGGAGGUCCCGGAGCUAGAAACUGAAAUCGUAUUUCACCAAGAGCAUGACGACGGGAAGAAUUGCAUCGUCUUCUUCGACGGAGAACAAGGUUCUGAGUCAGCUGGUGCCAUACCUGAUGCUCAUGAGGAGUCUCAAACUGCUGACUUGAAUGGGGAGCAAACGCAGUUAGAACCUGAAAACGGUUCAACUUCUGAGGAUAACGAAAGAUCUCGUGAAAUUGAAGAAGUACUAGAUGGUGAUGUCUCUAAAGACUUGGAUGCUGUUGAUCCACUCGCUGGUGAGGUGAUAGAGGAGGAGGUGGACUUCGAAGAUGUUGAAUAUCAUGAUGUGGAGAAUAUGAUGGAUAAGCAAGAGACACAUGAUUUGUACUGUCCAAACUGCGAUUCUUGCAUCACCAAAAAGGUUAUCCUCAAAAGAAGGAAACGGAAGAUCCGUCGUCAUGAGCUGGGAGAUUCAAAGCGGCCUCAUUUGACUGAGCCUCUUUUUCAUUCGGAAGACAAUUUGCCAUCUCUAGAUGGCGGUGAAAACUCUGCAAAUGAGUCAUUUGUCUUCAAGUGCUUGUCAUGCUUUACCAUAUUUAUUCCCAAAGGGGUGAGUUCAAAGCCGAUUCCUCCCCGUCAAGGAGUUGAGGGGUUAAAGAUUCAGCCAAACCCUCAAGUGGAAGCUACAGGCGAUUCCAAUUGGUUCAGUUCAAUAUUUGGCCUCAACAAAAAGGAAUCAGCUAUUCAGCAAGGUGGGGCAUCAUCUAGUGUCUUGGAAGCUAAUCCGCCACCACGUGAGUCCAUUGUCCCAGUAGUUAAUCCAUCGCGUGGUAACCUAAGUCCUAUGCGAAAGGAUACGACAGGCUCAGCCGUUGUUCAGCCUGAUGCAGCCACUUCGAUUCAAGUUGCAAAAUCAAACGAUACAAGCGAAAUUGUAAACAAUGGAGCUAUUGUUGGAGACGGGCAAAAGUUUCUGGCUCCUAUGGUGGAGGAGCAAACACAGCAAAAGAUUGACAAUGAUGAUUCUAGUACAGCAGACGGGAAUCACACGUCAGACAAAGGACGUCUCUCCCCAAUUCAACCAUCUCAUGGCAUGAGUAUACUAAACACAGUGACUAACGGACCCGACGGAUUGAAAGUAGAAACUACAAUUCAUGAAGAAGGUGCCCCUCUUCUGUUUGAAGGAAAAGACACUCCUGACACAAGCACGGCAGAUUUUGGUCUGACCAAAGUAACAGGUGUGAUGGACACAGGUGACAGAGGAGUUAUUACCGGUCCAGCAAAUCCUGAAAUUGAUAUUUCAGCAGGGAAUUUGCUGGAAGAAGGGUCUCUAAGGGAACCGUUAAUGAGACGAGUUGUUGUUCAAGGACGUAAACUGGAAAUCUUGAAAAGCAUUGUCUACGGAGGUCUACUAGAAGCCAUCACAAGCCUUGGUGUUAUUUCAUCUGCCGCUGGUUCUGGUGCUUCAAUGUUGAAUAUUCUGGUCUUGGGGCUUGCAAACUUGCUUGGCGGGCUUAUUCUUAUUAUUCAUAAUCUCCAAGAACUUAGAGAGGAGGAACCCAUAAGAACAACAACAGAAGAUAACCAGACUAACGGUAGAGAAGAAGAAGAAGGUCGGUAUAAGCGACUCCUUGGACGAAGAGAAAAUUUCACACUUCACGCAACAGUCGCAAUCUUAUCCUUCAUAAUCACCGGAAUACUCCCUCCUGUAGUCUACUAUUUCUCAUUCAGUGAAAAACACAACAAAGACUACAAAGUUGCUUCAGUUUUCGGGGCAUCUCUAUUCUGCAUCGUCUUGCUCGCCAUAGCCAAAGCUCAUGUGAGGUACCCGAGAGGCAGCUACCUGAAGAGCAUUCUGUACUACGGGUCAAUUGCUGUAUCGGUGUCGGGGAUUUCUUAUGUGGUUGGUAACUUUCUGGAACAGUUGCUUGAGAAGCAUGGAUGGUCUGAUGGAUCGGAAACACCUGUGGGACAGAUGAUGCUUUCAUCACUUAUGGGAAGAAAAGCCGGCUUUGGAUACUCAUCAUCGUACUGAAACUGAAUCUUGCCUGGAGAAUGAUCCAAACUGAAACUUGCUGCUUUUCUCUUUUACUCUGCUUUUGUGAGCUCUCGUUCCAAAUCUUUGUUGUCGGCAAAUCUUUGUUGUGACUUGUGAGUGUAGAAGAAAGUCGUUUCCACUUGUAGAAUAAACUAAAAUAAGCAUAACAUAAUAAUGAUGGAAGAUCUGUGCCUUUUAAUAAGUUUAAAUCAUUUUUAAAAAA